AUGGGGGAAGUCCUUCUGCACAAAUUUGGAAGGUUUGCACGUGGUCGCUUACCAAUCACAUUCCAAUUCGACUUGCACCAGGCGGGCGACGGCGUAGUGGAUGUUCAACUGAUCUCUGAUCUGCAUAAGAGUGAGGUGUUCAAGGUAGGUCAUGAACUGGGAGUGCCAAAAUCCACACUCGAAGCCGCCCCCAGUGCUGAUCUGUGGGAUGGGCAAGAAGACGAGGAGGAGCUUGGUUUCACGUACGACUUCAUUGAGUUAUACACAGGUUAG